AUAGCUCUGCACUGAUAUUGUAAAGAGAGAAAAUGUCAAACUUGGAUAUCAUUGAAGUUCUGUUUUGUCAGUGAUUAUUUCCUUUCAUAUCAUCAAACAUAUGAAACAGAUUAUUUAACUACCAUAUUUUUUUUAAGGGUAACAUUUUACGAGCCCUUCUUUUUGUUUAAUUAAAGAUUACCCUGUUGUUAUGGACGCUUUGCACAUGGUCAGUGUUUUAUGAUUGUUGCCUGUUGAUAAAAACACACAGGAGGGAACCAUGUCUGUGUACACAAAUGAAGAUCGUUUUUCCAUGACAGCUGAAAGAUAUUUAGCAAAGCAUCAUGUUUUGACAUAUAUGGAGGAUAGUAUUGCUCAACUAUUGGAAAAUAGAGAAGAAAACCCAAAACUUAACCCAAUAAAGAUACUUAGUGAAUAUUUUACAGCUUUGAGGGAUGGUAACCAUACAAUGUUUAGAGAAUAUCAGUUUAUUCACAUGACACCUCAUAAUAGAGCAUCAUUCGUUAAACUGUUCUGGAAAUGUUAUAAACAGAUUGGCAAAAAAGGAGAUUUACUUAGUAUACAAGAAUACCAUUCCUUGAUUACUCUACUGUGUUCAGAUUUUCCUUUUGAAAUUGUACAGAAAACUGCAAGGAUAAUCUUGAUGGAUGAUGCCUUAGAUUGCCUGAUCUCCUUUACAGAUUUUAUUUAUGCAUUUCAAACACAAUUUUACUAUGAAGAGUUUCUUGACAAAUGUUUAGAGAUAUAUCAGUCGAUGAUACAGACACAUUCUAGUCCACGUAACCCUGUUGUUGUACCGUCAGGUACCGAGGAUACGAAAAUACACAUGAACAACCAUCUACCUGGAGAUGGUGUAGACGCAAUGCAGUAUUUCAGGGCUGUAUACCCUCUCUGUGAUAGAAUGAACUAUAGCACACCUCCUGCUGAAGCCCUGAAGGAAAUCUUGUUUAAUGUUCCGAGAGUAUCAUUCUAUGGUUUUCUAAUGGCUAUAGCUAAAAGUGACGCUAUUAAUGAACACAUAGGUAGGCUACCUGUGAAGUCUGAAUUACUGGAAGGCGCAGACACUGAAAUUACACAUCAAGAAAUGCAGGAGGAGAAAAAGGGGGCAAAUAAUGCUGGGCCUAGAAACUACUUGGUAAAGAAAAGGACUGUUCCUAUUAAAACAAAGGCUGAUUCUGCACCAUUGGACAUGAACAAUUCUAACCCAGUUGUCAUGGUAACAAAAACAAGUGUUCCACAAUCACAACCAAGAUCUAGGUCAGUGUCAAGGUCACGGGUAUCAAGUAGAGGUCAAGGUCAACAGAAUCAAUUGACUGUUGCAAAACCAUCGAAGAAGAAAGUGAUAAGUUCAGAGGAAAGUAGUGAUGAUACUGAUGAUUCAGACGAUGAUACUGAUGAUGAUGAAUAGCAAGUGAUAAUCAGUUGAAAAAUUACUGUGUUUAAGGCCUUGAAUAAUAAGCUAGCAUGAACAUGAGAACUUUGUAAGCUUGAAGGAAUUUUUGGUUUUCUACUAAUUGCCCAUAAGGGAAGGUUAAAUACCCAACUUCAGAUGUCUAUUUUAAUGACUUGAAUGUCAAACAUUCUCACAGACUCAUUCCUUUGAUGAUCUUGUUUUCCUAAAAUUAUCUUGUUUUUAUUAAAAAAAAUUACUGUAGCAGAUAAACCUUUGACAAUCUAUUCUCAAAAGGCCUGCUCACACUUGUAUAAAUCUGGGUCUUUCUUCUUGAAAGACCCUGUAUAAAUAAAGGAAGCUUAGAGAUACCCAGGGCUUCAGGCGUUAAUUUUUUUUUUUAUUAUUCAUAACAUAGUUAUACGUUAUUUCGUACUUGUGUUAUUUCGUACUUGUUCGUGAGCACAUCACCAUUUUUGAUAGUAUCAACUUGCUGAACAGAAGCACAUAAAUCAAAUAGAAGCACAUAAAUCGACAGACUGGAAUCCAGGCUAGCUUUAAUAGUGAGAACCUUUGAUAUAUAGAUAAUAGGUCAUUUCAGAGUCAUAAGUGUUUAUGUUUGUAAUAAUUGUGGAAAAAUAAGUGUACAAUUACUUAAUAGUGUAUGAAUGAUUGUUGAAAUGUAUUGUUUAAAUGUAUUUACUGCAUGAUUUUUUAUAAAUCAUUAAAACAUUGAAAUUUA